UUUUAUCUAUCACACACUCAUGUAACUUUCAAUAGCACUUGUCAUGCAUUGAUCCUCUUAGAUUUGAUCAAAUAAAAUAAAUAAAAUUAGAUUUUUGAAAAAACAAUUAAUGUUUUCUCUGAAGGAAAUUUUUUAGGACAUUGAUGGAUGGUUGAAGACAAAUUCAAAUUUGUGAGAGCAACUACUUAAAUUGGCAGAAGUAAGAUAGUUUCAAGUGAAUUACUCAAGUGUGUUCUUCUCACCGCUUCGCCUAUGUGCUUCCCAUGUCAUUUUCCAUGUGCUUUCAUUAACCUUUUCAUUUCUUAUAUACAUCCCUUUUUAGUAGUCCAUUCAAUUUAUAAUUUAUUUUAGUAACCAAGUGUCAUCAAAUUUCGAAUUUUGACGGGAAUGUUAUGAAGACGAUACAUUAUGGUGGGUGACUAUAAUGAUCAGGAUGACUUUUAAGAUUUUUAUAUGUUUCUUUUAACGUAUGCUAUUUGAUGAAAAUGGUAUAUUGUAAAUACCUUAAACUAUUAUAAUAAGUCCAUGCCAUAAUCUUGAAACAGUUAGAUGCAACCUAAUCAACAACAUUCUUUCUCCAAAAAAAAAAUUAAUCAACUAUAUAUAUUUUAUUUUAUUUUCUUACAAAAAAAACUAUAUAUUUUUAUACUUGUGAUUUGUGAUUUUGGAGAUGUUAUUAGUAGUAAAUAGUUAGGAGAGAAACAUUUUAGUUGGUGGUUUGCCUUUUUAUACUAUAUCAGUAUAUCAACAUGCAACUCACCAUCUCUCAAAGAGGUCACAGGGAAUGUCUUGCGACAUUUCUGACCUGGUUCGCGCCAUUAUCUGCCUUGGCAUAAUGGUAUCAGAGUCUAAUUCUCAGACUUGCGUUAUGAUAAAUCGAAUCCUUGUUUAUCAUUGAUUGUUUUAAGAAAUCUGGAAAACAUCUUCUCAUAAUGUCUACCUCAAACCCUACAUCCAUUGAUUCUCAGUUUGCAAUUUCUACUUUCCCUCGAAGUAAAAGCCGUUCUUCCUCUUCAAAAAUAGAUUUCCUAUAUGAAAUCGAAUAUGUUCCGGGCGACCAACUACCCGAAACAACCCUUUCCCUUGUAAACCCAUAUGAAUAUUUUACAAAAAAGCCUAGCGUCUUUUCAGUUAAAGGUGUUCGAGAUCUCAUAAAACCUUCAUCAAGUCGGAAAGUCAUGGAAUAUGUCCAGUCCAGCAAAUUCUCAUCUUGUCAGAUUCCAGCUACAGAAGAAGAGCAAUUCAUCUCUCUAAACAUCCCAGAAAACCUACCUAGGUUAUGGCAGCAACAAGGCUAUACUCAUCUUCACUUUGGUGUAGUACGAAUUGGGUUAACCUUACAUGCGAGAAAAGGUUUACCUGUCAUUGCUCGUAUAGCUUUAAUCGACUCUCGAUUAAAGUCCUACCAGCAAGCGUGCAUUGGAACGGUUCAGACAACAUUAAACGCAGGAACAAUAUUUAUAACAUUGUUUCCAAACUUUAAUGUUUCUUUACAAGACCCAAAUCUCUUAAAAACGCUUAAAGUUCAACUUCAACUGGUUGGAGCACCUAUGCAAGAAAAAAGUGUAGCAGCUACCUUGCAUCAUCAAAUAGUCUACCGGAUUCAGGACCACGCACUUGAUCUUGUACUUCCCUCGUCAGACGAAGCUCUAUACCUCGAAGUCACUUCAUCUUCUCAAGCGCCAAACUCGAUACAAAUCCCUCGACAAAUUUUUCGUGAAGAACUAUUGCGCCGACUGCCGGAGUCAUGGGUAACAAGUUACGAGAAGCUUCAUCAAGCUACCCAGUCACCCAUUCAAUCAUCUGAAGUCAGCUUUCACUCUCGAAAUGAUGGAACAACCGAAAUCAAAUUCGAAAAACCCCGAUCAUCUUUCCGAAAGCAGUUGUUCACUCAGUUCGCAAUACAGAUUGAUGAACGAAGCUUCCACGGUCCAGCAAAAGAACAAAAUCCAAAACCAAGUUCUUUUGAAAAAGAUGGAACUGUGAUAUAUCCUUACAUUGCUAAUUCAACGUUUGUUCAUGUGCUGCUUGUGAUGAAGCAAGCUACAGCUACGAAUCUGAUGAAGAUAUUCGCAUACGUCGAAGAAAAAAGAAGGACCCACUCUACAAAAGAUAUCUCGAAGGAGACACUUCUGUUGGUCCACUUGGUGAAGGAAAGUACGACUUUAUAGUUCAAUACUCUGAAGAGAAGGAUGAACCAAGGCAGCAAAUCAUGAUGAUCAACCCCAAGGACUUCCCGCCACAAGAAGAAUUUUUAAAGAACAAUGUUGCACAUUGUCCAAAAAUUCUUUCUCAAACCGUGGACUCAUCUGGUCCUAGCCAGUUAAGUCAAGCGGAGAAGGUUCUCAACUGGCAAACAGAAAAUUCACUGGCACAAAAUCAACUCUUAUCGACCAUAAAUCAUAAGGUUGAUCAAUUGGCAGAAGAAUACAAUAGCAGAUUACUCAGCCUCCAAAAAUCAAUCACUGAUAUACACGGACGACUAGGCAAUCUCCAUCAAGAAAUGAUGACCACGGCAAAACAAAUGAUGGCAAACACAACCCAAUUUCGCAACAAAGAAGCAGAGACAACUAGUCUUAAAUAUCAGUUACGAGAUCUCCAAAGAUGUCUAGAAAGCAUGGUUCAAAACCAGCAAGCUAAUACGUACUUUGAUCCCCUUGGUGGCACACCUUCAAGCAUACCAAUGUACCAAGGAUCCUACUCACCUGGCUUCCUUUUUGGUCAACAAACACAAAAAACAAGAUCUCCAGUUCCGAGCUUUCUGUCCUCUGAUGAAGUCUUUACAUCUCGUUAUGGUUCGACUUCAACCAACUAUCAUACCAAGACGACUCGAUCCAAGCCUCGACGCUCAAAAGAAUCGGAAUUUCAAGUCAACCCUAGUAAGAAACCGACUCUUACAUCUUCCUCCAGUCAUGAGUCAGUAGAAGACAGCAAAAAGAAAGAAAAUGACAUUGGAAUAAUCAAAUUUUCAAUGGCCAAUCUGCUCAAUAACCUUAGUGAAAUUCCGGAAUUGCCUGUUCAAAAGGAUCAACAACCCUUGUCUUCCAGACAGAUUACGAGAAUUAGUCACUAUUCAGACAUAAAUUCCAGUGACUAUGAGACCGAAUCAAAUGAUAGUUCCCUACCAAGACAAUUUGCAAUCGGAGAAGGGUCAAGUACUCCAAAGAAAGAACCAGAUAUCAACGAAGUCUAUUCCAGCGAUGAAGAGAUGAACUAUGCGCCUCCAAAUCAACCUCCAAAUCAAGAGAUUCCAACGAAGCAAUUUUCUUCAAAAAUUAUGGUGUUCACUUUUGAUGAUAUACCAUUUGAAAAGUGGAAUGAUCGUCUCGACGAGUUUCAUGCGUGGAUGAAUUCUGAAGCUAUCACAUCCCCUUUGCAAUUGGUGAUCCAGCAGUUCACAGCAAGACUAUCUGGUGCCCUUAAAGAAUGGUGGAAUUCACUUGGCGAAUAUAAACAGCAGCAAGUAUAUCAAACAACAAUACCAUUGCUUCUUGGAGAAAUCCAUAGAGAAUUCAUUGGUACACCCACACACCAGAAAGAGCAACUACAAGAAGAAUUCUUCUCAGCAAAGUGCUGUUCGUUAAGAAAGAAAGAUCUUUCAAAACACUUUGAAAGACAGACACGAAGAUACUACGCGCUAAAUGGCCUUAACAAUCCAAGCCUGAAGCACGUAUACCUCUCCUCCAUCGACGAUUAUCUUAGUCAGCAGACUAAGCUCUACAUUAGAGAUCAAGGUCAAACAAUAGAAGACAUUUCCAUCGGACAAAUACAGCAAUAUGUCUUCAGAACGUUGGAUAAACUCUGCAAACAAAAAGAAUUCUGGACAGAGUUUAUGGAUAGAUCAAAGCAACUAUCGACCCGGUUCGCGCCAUCCGGUCGAUGAUUUUAGAUCCAUCCGGUCAAGAAGACCCGGUUCGCGCCAUCGCAUUCAUAGACACCGGAGCCCACACAACGAUCAUUAAUCCCAAGAUUCUUUCUCCGUCGAUGUGGCUACCUCAUCAGCAAGAAUUUCGAGUCGCUAACUCAGGUUCAUUGACAAUAAAGCUCAAGUCAAAACCUAUCAGAAUCGAGCUCUUCCCCGGUUGUCAUAUUACUACAGAAGUCCUUGGCUCUACGGCACCUGGAAAAGAUCUAAUACUGGAAUGGGAUUCAUGUUAUGCCUUCAAGAAAAAAUUCGAUAUCUCUAUCGAACCGCACGGAUUGAAAUGGAGAAGUCUCUUCAAAGCAUUCACGUCAAUUCCGCGACUUUUCGCAAUUGAAGGAUUAAUUUCUCAAGAAUUUACAAAGAUCAAGGAGAAGUUGACGGAGAUUUCUUGUGCAGACUCUCAUACAGAAUUCCUACAGAAAUGUAAUAACCCGCUGUGGUUGAAUGCGGAGUUCUUUGUUUCUUUGCCAUUCAAAGAAAACAUACAAACAACUCCGACUAAGGCGAGUCAUGCAGGAAUGCCACCAACCCUACUGCAACAAGCGAAUGAAGAAUGCGACCAGCUAGUACAACAAGGAGUAGUCUCUGCAACCAACUCGCCAUGGGCAUGCAAAGCCUUUUACGUUAACAAUCGUGCAUAACAAGCAAGAGGAAAGCUAAGACUAGUCAUCGACUACAAACCACUGAAUCAGUAUCUACAAGACAUCAAAUUUCCGCUACCAAACAAAAUGGUGCUUCUUCAACAUCUUCAAGAGGCAACUAUUUUCUCAAAAUUUGAUCUUAAGUCGGGAUUCUGGCAACUUGGCGUUCAUCCUGAAGAAAGAUACAAAACUGCGUUUUGUCUUCCUAAUCGUCAUCUGCAGUGGAACGUCUUACCUUUCGGACUCAAGACCGCACCAUCAUUAUUCCAACAAGCGAUGCUUCGUAUAUUCAAGCCUCUACUUCAUACGGCCUUAAUUUAUAUUGAUGACAUACUGUUGUUCUCGUCUACCGAAACCAAGCACAUUCAGCUUCUUCAGCAAUUUCAAAGCAUUGUCAUUCAAUAUGGAAUCAUGCUUUCGGCCCGAAAAAUGGUCAUAGCCCAGCCCAAAAUCGACUUCCUUGGAAUGCAAAUCACAGAUGGCAACUUUACGCCUCAGGCCCAUCUGGCUACAACGCUCUUAGAUUUUCCCGACGAAAAUCUCACAAAACGACAAGUCCAACAAUUCCUCGGUGUAAUCAAUUAUGUUAGCGACUUUAUCCCGCAACUUUCGCAGCUGACAAGACCCCUACAGAAAAUGCUAACGAAGAAUCCACCACAAUGGACAAACCGACAAACUGAAGCUGUCAGAAGCCUAAAAAUAGAGGUGCAGAAGCUACCGCCUUUAAAGAUUCCCUCCACUGGAACACGCAUUUUACAGACUGACGCGAGUGACAAAUAUUAGGGAGCCAUUUUAUUCGAAGAAAUAAAUGGAAAACAUCAAAUCUGUGGAUAUAAAAGUGGACGCUUUAAAGAUUCUGAGAUGCAUUAUCACUCUACUUUCAAAGAAAUACUGGCCGUCAAAAAGGUCAUCGAGAAGUUCGAGUUCCAUCUGAUAGGACACCGAUUUCACAUCGAAAUGGACAUGUCAUCUUUUCCAAAGAUGUUACAAUUCAAGCAGAAGAUGGUCCCACAUCAGCAAUUAUUACGAUGGAGCGAAUGGUUCUCAAAAUACGAUUUCGAAUCCGUCUAUUUAAAGGGCUCAAAGAAUACUCUCGCAGAUAUGCUCAGCAGGAGUCCAGUAAAAGAAAUACAAAUAAUGGAGAGCUCUUCCACAAAAAGCUACUAUGACUUCGCCUCAAACAUACCCGACGACGCUCAUUCGCUUAUCAACAAAGAAACCCUACAGGAGCACCUCCGCAACAAGAUUUUUGCCUAUCAAUCCAUCAUCAUGUCAAGAUACGGAUCCCAUAAUCAUCUUAUUUCACCUAUGGGAAUUCACCCGGACUACCCGUUCGCUCAUCUCUACAGAAUCGAAAACGCUUACUUACCAGAAGAAGUUCUCUGUUUUCUCUGGUACCUCUGCUCGAUCUACACUAUUGGCAUAACCUUUGAUAUUCAAUGGUUAUAUCAAUAUAUCAACAUGCAACUCACCACCUCUCAAAGAGGUCACAGGGAAUGUCUUGCGACAUUUCUGACCUGGUUCGCGCCAUUAUCUGCCUGAAACGGUAAGUUAAGGAAAUCAGCAAAAACAACAGAUUUAUCAUUUAAGAAGUUAAAAAGUUAAAGCGAUCUCAACUCUUUCUUCAACCCUCACACGAUAUACUUCUUCCAUCGCACUGUUCAAGUCCAUCAAAACGGAGGGUCGAGUGUUGACUUAAACUAGCAAGAAACUUUUAAUAUAUUGCCGCUAAUCAUGGGGUGUUUUUUUGUAAAACAAAACAAAAAAUUAAGUGGUGUGUCUUUGACAAGAAAAUAAAAAGUAUGAUUCACCGUUCAGCAGAUGGAUAAUCACAGUUGUUUUCUAUUUGAAAAUUCGGAAAGUGUCAACCAACUACUAGGUUACGCGAGUUACUUGUCGGUGGUGCCAUUCACACAUGUAGAACUCUGGAAGAUAAGGAUGGUUUUUCGCAUAUUUUUUUUGUUGUACUAGACACUACCUGACGUUUUACAAAAGUAUUACAAUAAUUUUUUUAAUUAUAUGUUUAAAUGUAAUUAAUUUGGAUGGAUUUAAGAAAAAGAUUGGUUAGUUAUACAUGUUUAUUAUGUUUUGCUUGGACCAUCUACAAUCCAUACACAAAUCAAUAGUCAUAAUACAUUAGGUUAAAACUUGAUAUGUUGAUUGAAAUCUCAAUGAACUACAGUUUUGGUAUGGAUUUUAAUUUAAAAUGCAUAAAUUAAGAUGAUCGACUAUCUUUUGAUGAAUAUUUAAUGAGAACUUUUCAAUUAUGAUAUUCUUUGAACUAUGUAAUUAUUUCAUUAAUUCCACUAUACACUCUCUACUUUGUCAAUAUUUAUUAUAAUAAUUCCAAUUAGUGGAUACAAUCAUUCACUAUUCAUUUUUUCGAUUAAAGUUUUUCAUUUAUUUGAACAGAUUUCUUAUAUUGUUGGGGCUAUAAAGGUGUAACGGUAGUCUAAAGUUUUCAAUACAGAAAUAAUUAAGCAUGAUCCGAAUGCAUUAACUAUGAAAACGAAACCCUUCGAAUCAGUACUAACAAAUUAAUUAAAAACUCAAACAGAGGUCGCUGUAAUGACUUAUGUGCUGUCUUUUCUAGAGAUUUUUUCUUGGAGAUUUUUCUUGUUUAGUUUAUUUAUCUUUUUUGUUGUAUAUCUUAUUGGUGCCUUUGUUUGGUUCAGUUGUAUAAAUAUUUGGUCUACUUUGUCAGGGGCGGAGCUAGGUGACGAGUGGGAGGGGUAGUUGCUCCCCAUGAUUUUUUUUUGUUGCUAAUGUUGUAUAUAAUUUUUAGCAAUGUCCUUGAUGAAAAUUUGAAUUUGUAACUAUAUUACUAUGUUUUAAAGUUUUACUCCGGGUGAAAACUAUUCCUAAAUCCGCCACUGUACUUUGUUCUAUUAGCAUGCAUUGCGAGUUGGAACGUUUGGUUUCUAUUAGCAAAUUAAUGGCUACAUCGGUGCUUAUCCAAAAUACAUUUUUCUACUUAACAAGUUCAGGAUACAAAAAAAAAAAGAGAUUGCUGAUUCUGGUCAACUUAGUACUUUACUUGGGUCCAUUUUGUUGAUCUUCAGUUCCAGUCUAAACUUGAUCAUGAGUUCCAUAUAUCAUCUCUCAUGUCCCAAUAUCAUAUUGUCAGAGACCUUGAACCAAAACAAACGACCAAA